AGGUGGCAAAAUCAAAGGCAACGGUCACCAACUCCCAUUUCCUACCAACCAAUUAGAAUACUAUAGGUAGCCAAAUUUGACCCGCUUAUUAAUUCAGACAAAUCAAGAGCAGAUCAUCACCAAGUCUUACAUUUCCUCCUACCUUCAAGCAGUUCUUUGAUUUUCCUGGGUUUUCCUUAAUUUCUCCGGAAUCCAUUUCCAAGGUUAAACUAGGGCUGCUGCCACAAAGCCAACAAGAGUAGGCCUCGCUGGUCUGGCUGUCAUGGGCCAGAAUCUGGCCCUUAAUAUUGCAGAGAAAGGCUUCCCCAUUUCGGUUUAUAAUCGGUCUACCUCCAAAGUUGAUGAGACUGUUGAGAGGGCUAAAAAAGAGGGAGAUCUUCCCUUAUAUGGCUUCCAUGAUCCUGAAUCUUUUGUGAAGUCAAUCCAAAAGCCUCGAGUGAUAAUUAUGCUUGUCAAGGCAGGGUCACCUGUUGAUCAAACCAUAAAGACACUUUCUGCCUACUUGGAGAAGGGAGAUUGUAUCAUUGAUGGUGGAAAUGAGUGGUAUGAGAACACUGAGAGGAGAGAAAAGGCUAUGGCUGAAUUGGGCUUGCUCUACCUUGGAAUGGGAGUUUCAGGUGGUGAAGAGGGUGCACGUAAUGGACCUUCAAUGAUGCCUGGAGGUUCCUUGGAGGCUUUCAAGUACAUCGAAGACAUUCUUCUUAAAGUGGCAGCUCAAGUUCCUGGUAGUGGCCCUUGCGUGACUUACAUCGGCAAAGGCGGUUCUGGUAAUUUUGUCAAGAUGGUUCAUAAUGGAAUUGAAUAUGGCGAUAUGCAGUUGAUUGCUGAAGCUUAUGAUGUACUAAAAUCAGUUGGAAAGUUGUCAAAUGAAGAACUCCAUAGUGUUUUUGCAGAAUGGAACAAGGGUGAGCUUCUUAGCUUCUUGAUUGAAAUCACUGCAGAUAUAUUUGGCAUUAAAGAUGAUAAGGGGGAAGGAUAUCUGGUUGACAAGGUUUUGGACAAAACUGGCAUGAAGGGUACAGGUAAAUGGACUGUGCAGCAAGCUGCUGAUCUAUCCGUAGCAGCUCCUACAAUUGCAUCUUCUUUGGAUGCAAGGUUCCUCAGUGGUUUGAAGGAGGAGCGUGUUGAGGCUGCUAAAGUCUUCAAAGCAGGUGGUUUUGGGGAUAUUUUAACUGGUCAAGUGGUGGAUAAGAAGCAGUUGAUUGAUGAUGUCAGACAAGCUCUUUAUGCAUCCAAGAUUUGUAGUUAUGCACAGGGGAUGAAUUUGAUCCGUGCAAAGAGUAUUGAGAAGGGAUGGGACUUGAAAUUGGGAGAACUGGCCAGGAUUUGGAAGGGUGGUUGUAUUAUCCGAGCUGUAUUUCUGGACUGGAUCAAGAAGGCAUAUGAUAGAAAUCCUGAUCUUGCUAACCUUCUAGUGGAUCCAGAGUUUUCAAAGGAAAUUAUUGAGCGCCAGUCUGCAUGGCGCAGGGUUGUGUGUCUUGCAAUCAACUCCGGUAUUAGCACUCCUGGUAUGUCAUCCAGUCUCGCUUAUUUUGACACCUACCGGAGGGGAAGGUUGCCUGCUAAUUUGGUCCAAGCUCAAAGAGAUUAUUUUGGUGCUCAUACAUAUGAAAGGGUUGACGUGGAAGGAUCUUUCCAUACUGAAUGGUUCAAGAUUGCUAGGCAGUGUAAGAAUUAAACCUUUAUCCAGUGCUAGCAAGCUUAAUCAAGACUCUCAAUAAGACAGUAACUUUUGCCCUGGACUCCAUGCUGGGUACAACUUUCGCCACCCCUGUUUCAUGAGAUUCAUCUCGAUCCAUUUGAAUAUUUAGACACUUUUUCGUUCUUCUAUAUGUUGUGGUUUUUCUUGGCGGUUCUACUGCUUUGUAUUUUAGUGCCACCAGGUUCCUCAUUUAAGCUUCGUGGCUCUUCCCUGCUUUGAAGAGAAAUGUAAUGGUGCUUUUGAGGAGUAGUUUGAAUCAGAUAUUCGAGCAAUAAUUUCUCUUUUGGUGGUAUUUCUUGCUUUGCUAUUCUUCAACAAUUUAUUUACUUUACAAUAUUGCCAU